CUUUGUUUACGUUUUGUCUUGGUUACGGCGUGUGUGUCACGAACACAGUUAUAUCUUGCGUAGUAGUGGUAUCCUAAAAUACUGGAUUUUCACAAUAUAUUGACAUUUUUGAAGAGAAUUUUGAUAUUAAGAUGACUGUCAAAUACGCGUGUGAAGAUACCGCCUCCGGGCUAAUGGCGAAAAGACAGAAAACUGACUCUGUUGCAAAAGAUGUACAAGACCCUAUAGAGGCAAUUAAUGACACCCCGUCGGAUCUGAUGCUUGGCUUAAUAGGAACUGCUACACGUACACCAGACAUGAAUAUAGUAGAGUUUAUCAGCGAUGAUAUUUCUGAUAUUGAAAUAAUACCAGGAUCAGAGCCUCUUUCUGACUCGGACCUUCUCCCAAGACCCGAAAAGGCUAAUAAGAAAAAGAGAAGACGCACUAAAGGAGAAAAGCCACAGAAGCUCCUAGCAGAUAAUGAAAAGACUCAGAAGAAAGACAAACAAAGUUCCUUCACAAAUACAGAUGCUCAAGCUUAUCAUGAUCUCAACCAGCGUUUUGUAAAUAUUGUACCAUAGUGGGUAGCCUGCUUGGACGAAGAAAAGGGAAAUGUGUUGCUGAUUCAAAUUUUUUUAACUACUAUUAUAGUACAUAUCAUUUAUGGUUAUGCUCCAGGUAUUACGUGCACAUGAAAGGUUCUUACUAGAAAGCUAACGGCGCUGUUAUCCUCAAAAUAGAUCUUGUAAAACCUAAGUCCAAUGCGUCUUCAUGUAGAGAUAACGCAUGUUUUUGUGUUAUAACAUCUGCAGAAUCCCGAGGGAUUCUGAAGACGUUAUAACACGAAAAGAACAUGCGCUAACGCUAUUCUAGCAUAAAACGCAUAAAACUAAUAAAUGAAUACAUUGUCGAUCAACGUCAUUACAGCUCUAUGAAAUACGCGAGAAUGUCUGUGUUGUUUUUUCACGUUGACGUCAUUUCCUAUUGAAUUAUCUGUUUUGGGCCAGUAUACGUUUACCCUUUGCCAAGGAACGCGGAUGUAUAACAAGGUGUUUUAACAGUACGUGAGCGCGAGAAUCUCUCUGUUAACACACGUUUUCUCUUCUGUUCAAACACCCCCGAAAAGUGACGAGAACAACAGUUUUAUGCUAGAAUAAACGAUAUAGCCUACCUUAAUUAAGAUGUAAGAUUCACGAAGACCGAACACUGGUCGAUUAAAAAGUAUAGAACAAUUCUUCCUUAGCAUAUAUAUUGUGUUACUCAUGCUGCUGGCAUAUUUGCGUACUUUUUUAUCGUUAAAUUAUUACUUCCUUAUAUGUGUAUCUCCUUUGUGUGAUUAAGGGGAGGCAACAAUUAUACUUGAAAAUGCACUAGUUUAGGAUUUAAGUCUGUUAUUAUAACUGUUUUCAAUUCGAAAGCCUAUGUUCAAGUAGUAAUUCUAUAUUUCUUGUCUUUUAAAAAUACUUCUUCCAUGCUUUUGAGUAGCAUAAUUGAUGAAAAUACAUACAUUUAAUUUAUGCAUUAUGUUUAAAAUAUUUUACAGAAUCUUGAUGUUUUCUUCAAAUCAAACAUAAUUCUUUCCUAGCAUUCAAAGAGACAGCAUCCUAGUUUUAACUUAUUGUAUUAUCUCUUAGUAUUUUCAAUCAAAUUUCCUAUUUCUGUUAUUUUAUCUUCUGGUUUGAUUUUUAUAUUUUACUCACAUCUAAUAAAGUUAGAGUUUCGUGAAAAUAAGCAUUACGUAUUCUUGAACACAUGUGUACAUAAAUGAUCACUUACAAUUCAAAACAAAUGUUGUUCUACAUCUGAAUUCUUUUAAUUGACGCUAAAUUGUUUUUUAAACGUUAUGCAUAGGGAAAACAUUUCCCUUAUCAGCAGAAACACUGCUUUAUUCCUUCUUUUGUGAGUAUAGUAUAUUUUAGAGAAAAUGACAUAAAGUUGUUUCAAGGUCAUAACACAUCUAACACACAAUAGUCUUAAGGUUUGAUAUUAAAAGAAUAACUGUUGGAACUUUAUCCUCUAUCUGUUCGAAGAUACAAAUCAAGCUUUAAGUUUAACUGAUACUUAUAUUUCGAAAUCAAAUACGAUGCUGUAUAGAUUAUUGUUAUAGCUAAAGCACAGAAUAUAUAUCAAUGAUUGAAAUGUCGGAAAAGAUUACCUGCCAUCGAGUGUUACAGUUCUUGAAGAGGAUGAAAAUAUGAAUAUUCUUUUAUGCCACGUGUAGCUCCAAAUCUUAUCCGUUUUGUUAAAUAACGUUUAAGAUUUUUAUUGCAAUGUAUUGAAAUAAAACAAUACUAAUUCUUUCAGCUCUGAGAUUUCAAGUACGCAACUUUAUACAAUAAACUACAGCAAUAUGAAAAUGAGUUGUGUGUCACGGAUCGGUUGGAUUUCGGAUGUGUAUGUUCAAAAAGAGUAUAUAAGCUACAUGCUAUUUAAAAAGUAUCUAAAAUAGUAAUAAUAAUGAUAAUUAUAAAUAAAAAAGUGACUUUUCGAAACACAAAUGAUAUACUAUAAAUUAAACAAAGUUAUUUAUGUUAGAUUGUUUAUAAUAUCUAAUUUCCCGAUAGCAACCUUGUAUUGACUGAUAUUUUGAUAUGACUGAUUAUAGGUAAAUCUAAAACUAUGAAGGUAUAGUUAGUUUUUCUGUUUGCAAAAGGAUGUUCAAAAUGUUUGAUAUUGUUUUACAUGUUUAUCAAAUAUAUCUUUAAGCGCUUUGCAAAUAGUAUUCAAACUUUACAUCGUUAAUAUUGGGAAACAUUCAUACACAGCUGUUAACACUGCAAACAAUUGAAUUAAUCAACUCUUUACACCACUUUAGAACAUGAUCUGUUUCCUUUUAAUUUCGAAUUGUUCUUCACACAAUAUAUAGACAGAAUUUUGUAUGCCUAUAUUGCAAACAAUUAAUACGAUGAAAGGUUAAUAUUGUAACGUAUACAUUGUUUUCUUAACCUUGCCUAAAAAUAAACAAUGGACGGGAAAAAGAAAUUGUUGAUAUGUGAUACUGCCAACGACUUAAUAAAUAUUAUGUUUACACAUUUCUUAAUUUGUUACUGAAUUUAUAUUUCGAACUCUUUGUAAGAGUAUGUAUACAAAACUGAAAAAAAAUAAAACAUAAAAUAAAAUCUGAGAUAUGUAGUUUAUAUAUCUAAAUAUACAGAUUCUUAACAUAGUACAAGAUUAACACAUUUCAACAUGAUUUUGUUUUCUUUAUUUCAAUACUCUUUGUACAAUAUAAUGGUUAAAUUUGUCACAUAAACUUUGUAUAUCUUUAUUUCAUUUGUUAUAAAGGUUUGCAUACAUGUAUACAAAUGGAAACUAUAUAUACUGUGUAUUGCAUCGCUCGAUCAACAGAAUCCUGAUAUCAGUGUAUUGCGACAAAUAAGAUUACAAAAAUACCAAUAAAUUGCAUUAUUUUUAUAUGAUGAAAGUGUAUUAUUUUUCCUUCAGUCAUUGAAGAUUGAACAUGUACAUAUACUAAAUUGCCGAACUUAAAAGAAUGAUAUCUGCUUUGUGAUACAGAUUUACUGGAUAAAUGAAAAUCAGAGUCAGUCAAUAGACUCAAAUAAAUUACUAUAAAAUUACAUAUUUAUUGAAAUCAUACUUUCUUUUUUAUCUGUGACAGAGUAUCAGUUGAUCGUGUAAAAUGAUACUGAGACUUUUGACACACUAUCACAGACAAAACAGAUAUAUAAUAUACAGUGUGAUUCAUUUAUUAUUUUAUAAAUAGCAACUGAAAUAUUUCAAAAGAAACAUCGUGAAAUAAAAGAGAUAUAUUAUUUUGUGUACUAAAAUGAAAUGCGUAACAAUCACAAUUUUUGUAUAUGCAUCAUUCCAGAAAGUGUUGAUGACGAACAAUUAUCUUUUUCAAAGUGAAAACUAUGUUAAAGUAACGAUAGUAUUGAAGCACAUUUACUUGAAAUAUUAUUUGCUAUGGACACAAACAUUAUGCCAAUUUUAAGAAUGUUUGACUUCAGUUUUACAUUGUUAACAGUUAAAGGGAGGCAACACUAAUAUAAAUCUUGAUACAGUAUAUUUGCAAAUGUCUUCCGGUUUCACUAUUAUACUACAUUUAUCAUGGGAAAUAAACUUUUAUAUGUUGAAAAAAAUCAUAAACUUAUUUCGGACUUUAUUUAUGUUAUCACGUGCAUUUUACAUAGAUAUUUGUUGUUAAAAUAUUUCUAAACUGCGCAUUUUAAUUGAAUACAAAGUUAUGCGAUUCAUUUGUUAAUUCGUCUUGCCAUCAUGAAUAGGCCCAAUCAAGCCGAGUCUGCAACAUAUAUAUUUUUGUCGUGUUAGGCGAGCUUUUCGUUUCCACUUUUUCUAUUUUAUUAAAAUUAUAUUUCAUUUUUCCUGCCAGAUAGUUAUGAUUAAAUCCAUAUGAAUAUUAGGUUCCGUCGAAUGUUUAUAUUACAUAUCAUCGAAAGCUAUUAUUUAAUGAUUCAUCCACAAAACGUUUUCUCGCCAAGUUGUAGAACUUUAAGAUGCAACUAUUCAUGAAAGACAUGUUUUUUAUAUUAUGUAGUAAACUUAUUUGCAUAAUAAUAUACAACUUGCGUAUUUCUGUAAUAAAAUUGCAUUUUUUACAAUUUAAAUUUAUUAUUGUAAUAUUUCGAUACAGAUUCUGAUUAUGAUUGCCAAACAUUUGAUUAAAUAUGAAUAUUGGAACAAAUUAACACAUACGCACACCCUAUCCGUCAUUUUCAUACAAUCAUAGCUUACAGUAUUUCCUCUUGUACAUCUGGGAAUUAUGAUAAUACAUUGUAUUUAUUGCAGUUAUGUAAUUGAAUUGAAAAAUAAAAUGUGUUUCAUA